AUGUGCGGGGCGUUCGAGGAGGUGAAUUCUCAGUUUCCUCAGAGCGGCAACUCACAUGAUGACAGGAUGGAUAACAACAGUUCGAAGGUUGCAGUCGGAGAUAGAAUCGGGGUUGGGAUCAAUGCAAGCAUCUCUCAGAUGUUCUUUGUAAAGAAUGGGCUUGUUGUCAAGACUCUCCCGCUGGAGUAUGCGCAAGAAUCUGAUAUCUCGACGCUUCACAUCGCAAUCUCUCUUGAGAAGCUGAACGAUGCUGUUCUGAUCGACAAGAUGGGCACUGCAAGUGCUAAGAUACAAGUCUUGACGAGUCGGAUCAUCCCGAAGCUUCCCAAACUGUCACCAUUCGAACCAGACAAGCAGAGCCGAGGAGCAGCUGUGAAUGUUCUCAAGUCCCCUCUCGACCAGGAGGUUGUGGUAGUGGGGGCGAUGAAGAAGUCAAGGGUCGUCGUCCUCAACAGUCAUGGCGGCAUUUUCUUCCCCAGCGCCCACCACCCGAGGGGCGUCGGAUACUUCGAAACAUCUCUGAAACUGCCAAAAGACGCGCAAGUUGUGAUCGGGGCUAUGAUGUAUAACUCCAACACUGAGAGAUCGAAGUCGUUCAAGACAAGUGUGUUUUGGAGCAACCAGGGUCGUUUCUACAGAGGCGUUCAACCGAAACACUUCUAUGACAAGAACGAAAAGAACGGAGCGAAUGAAGUUGAGGGCGGAGAGGAGGAUUCUUUGUCAGCGUUCAACGUGUUUGAAAUGGAUGUCAUGUUCUUUACUGUCAACGGCGAGGGUUUCCCUGAGAGCGGAGGGGAUGACAGUCGAGCACGAAGCGAGAUGGCCAAGGAAGAGGCUCGAUGGGAGCGAGUGUUGGGCAUAGCGAGCGAGCAUGUGCUACCGCACCAUAAGCUUGACGACAACAAGUAUGUCAAUGAAAUCAAAGCGUCUAAGGUCCCCAAGCUCUGGGAGACAGGCUCCACUCCCCACUGCACUCCCCGCGACUCCCGCAAGAUGAUGAUGACCGACGCGGCUGCAGAAGCUGCUUUAGGAGCCGUCGCUCCUCUCCUCUCUGCCUCCUCCACUUCCCGGCUGAUCGAGGACCUCGCGUCCUCCUCUCCCACUCGUCCCACCUUCCUACUCUCGCAGGUGAUUCUCGGUCGACCUGACCUGAAGGUUCUGCUCUCUUGA